GACUAGACAUAUUUGCUUUGUUAUUAAAGAUCACAAUGUCCGCGUGCCAAUACCUAAAGUUCCAUCCCUUUCUGCAAACUGUUAUUGUCAUAUGCAAGAAAAAAAUGAAUAUAGUGCGCCAUUGUGACGCAACGACAACCACACCGCAAUGUGAUUAGUUCGCUGCGUCUCACUUCGCCCUCUGAUUAUAUGAUGGAAGAUUUUACUUGCUGUUGCCCUUUUAAAAAAUUUUAGGUCACUGUACUUACUGUCAACUGUCAAUAACUGGAAAAUAAAGCGGAUUGCAGUUGAGUCCUCCAUCACUUGCAUUGCAGUGCAGCGGGUGAUAUUCUUACAUUAUUCUUAUCUAUGCGGCACCCUCUUUGCAAAAUAGGUAAACAAACAAAAUACCUAGCUACGUAUCAUUCAUUUUUCCUCCUGGAUUUUCUUGACCCUGUCUACAUAGAAUAUUCGACAAAUCAUGUCAGAUGAAGAAGAAUAUGAUAGCUUUAAUGUUAAAAACCUCCAAGAUAUUCAUGAGCAAAUAGAGAAAUGUAAGAAAAACCCUGAGACAGCUGGAAUGUUUGUAUCUGGUUGGGAUGAUGCUGAUCAGGAUAUUAAUGAAGUAAAAGAUCCUAAAGCCAAUCCGACUGACCAUGUUCUAUGGGCUGCAGAGAAUGGUGAUGUCAAUACUUUACAAGGAUUGCUGACAUCACAGCCAAGCCUUAUAUCUGUAAGAGAUUCUGAUGGAUACUCACCUUUGCACCGGGCUGCAUAUGGCAAUCAUGUGGCUGCUAUUUCAUAUUUGUUAAGUGUUGGAGCAAAUGUGAGUGCUACAACAGAACUUGGAUGGACACCCUUGCAUUCUGCUUGUAAUUGGAACAAUUAUAAGGCUGUGGCAAGGUUAUUGGCUUCUGGCGCAGAUCCUCAUGUCACUUCUGAUGGUGGUCAAACACCUAUGCACUUAGCAGCAGCAAUGAGCCACAGUAAAUCAACUUUACUAAUUCUGAUGUUACGAGAAGAUACAGUGGAUAUAGCUCACAAGUCAAAUAACUCUGAUGAGACUCCUGAACAAUUAGCCAGAGGCCAUGGAAUCUACUCCCCUCUGUUUGAAAUGUUACUACCAGCAGCAUCAUAUAUACACUCAGAAGCUUUUACCUGUAAUCCAUAUGUUCGUGAAAAGUAUAGAAUUAAACAUAUUUAA